AUGGCUGUUCGAGAGACUAAAAAAUCCUUCGCCGACAUCAGCUCCGGAAUGGCAGGGUUUGUGACUGCGUACCUUGUACAGAACGACUGCAAACAGAGAUAUGAUAUGGAAGUGUUUGAAAUGCAAGACCGAUUGUCUCUAGAUUCAGCCUUAUGCUUUAUAACACCAGUUGAUAUACUAAUGCGCGCAUUUGACGAUGGCUUUCACAAUACCUUAAAGCGGAUGUAUGAUCAUCUUGAUAUCAAAUAUACAUCAGCAAAGUUUAUAUAUCCAAUAUCUACGGUUUCCACCACUGAUGGAAAGAAGAUGUCUCCCCAUUUCAUACACUCAUCUAGCAAUCACCAAGUACCGCUAAUCCGACCGGAAAAUUGUGGCUACGUGGAAUGGAUAUUACGGACGCUGUAUCUGGUUGUGUGCUAUUUUUGCAAGAACUAUCUAUUGCUGCUAAUAUUAAGUAUAGCAAUUUGCUUCUACAAUAAGCUUCUUAAGUUUCCGGCAAUUGAUGCUGUUGACUACGCGAGGAGAACCUAUUGUCAGCCACAUUAUAUAGUUAUUGGAGGCGAAGUCCUAAGUUCAAUACCUGUAAUUCAUGGCGAGUCAUUUAUCCACCGCGAUAGAUCCACUAUCCCAUAUUACAAGUUUAUAUAUAAGUAUCCCAGUUCAGUCCUAGUAAAGAGUUUUCCAAUUACCUCAAUAGAUCCAGCCAAGGUUAUCCAUCGCGCGCGGCUUACCCGCGUUCUACAAAUACUGAAGAGCAGGAAGAUUAUCAAUAAGAUAUUUUCAGAGAAGUCCAAGUUUGUAUUUCCAGGAAACAUAAAGAUCUGGCACAAUAAAAUUAGAAAUAUCUGGCUCGGCGCUGCUUGGUGCUAG